UACAGUAAAUAGUCGGACGGAGCGAAGAACAGGAGGGCUGUCAGAUCGAAUUAAAAACGGUGACUCCCUGAGUUCAGAGAACCGCUCCUGUCAGGAACGGCCUCUCUCUGUCCGCGACGCUGGGCGGCCCAUGCUCCCGCAGUGCACCAUGGGUAGCUCUCCAGAGGUGCUGUCAUGGGCGUCGUGCCCCAGCCUGCUUGUUGGCAAGCUGAAGGAGGAGCUAAAGAACACUGUGGUGGGGGACAGCGUUAAGAAAACUUCCUCUCCCAACACCCCAGCCCCUCCCCUUCCUCUACCCCCCCAGAUCAUCACAGAUCUAGCGCCUCCCACACACCUCCUGGUUCCCCUGAUGACGCUCGCCCCACCCCCAUGCCAGGACGAGGAGGCUAUGCUGGGCACCAGCCCACCAAUCACAGCGCUCAGUGAGGACUCUGGGCGGGAGCAGAGACAGUUUGACAACAGCGUUCUCCAAUUUCAGGAGCCCGAGGAGGCGGAGUCACCGGCGUCAUGUGGCCAGGAGGGGUGUGGCAGCGGGGGCGAGGGGGAGGGGACAAGGGAGGACUUGUGUCCCAUACACCAACACCACCCUGGGUCUGGAACCCACAACCACCCUCACCCCCAUGAUGACAUCAAACUGCACUUCCACAGAGCACCGGGAGGAGGGGGGUUCCUGGAGGGCCUGUUCGGCUGUCUCAGACCUGUCUGGAACAUCAUAGGGAAGAGCUACAGCACUGAAUACAAGCUGCAGCAACAAGACAUGUGGGAGGUCCCGUUUGAGGAGAUCUCGGAGCUCCAGUGGCUGGGCAGCGGGGCGCAGGGGGCUGUCUUUCUGGGGAAGCUCCAUGGCAAUGAGGUGGCCAUCAAGAAGGUCCGUGAGCAGAAAGAGACAGACAUCAAACACCUGAGGAAGCUCAAACACCCCAACAUCAUCAGCUUCAAGGGUGUGUGCACCCAGGCUCCGUGCUACUGUAUCUUAAUGGAGUAUUGUUCCCAGGGCCAACUCUAUGAGGUUCUGAGGGCCGGACGGAAGGUGACCCCCAGACUGCUGGUGGACUGGGCCUCAGGGAUCGCCUCUGGGAUGAACUACCUGCACCUCCACAAGAUCAUACACAGAGACCUCAAGUCACCCAAUGUGCUGGUGACCCAACAAGACACCGUGAAGAUCAGUGACUUCGGGACGUCCAAGGAGCUCAGUGAUAAGAGUACUCAGAUGUCAUUCGCUGGUACGGUGGCCUGGAUGGCCCCAGAGGUCAUCAGGAACGAACCGGUGUCUGAGAAAGUAGACAUCUGGUCAUUUGGCGUGGUGUUAUGGGAGCUGCUGACUGGAGAGAUCCCCUAUAAAGACGUGGACUCCUCAGCCAUCAUCUGGGGUGUGGGUAGCAACAGCCUCCACCUCCCUGUUCCCUCCACAUGCCCUGAUGGGUUCAAGAUCCUCAUGAAGCAGACAUGGCAAGGGAAGCCCAGGAACCGUCCGUCAUUCCGUCAAAUCCUACUCCAUCUGGACAUCGCCUCAGCUGAUAUCCUGGGAGCUCCUCAGGAGACCUACUUCAAGUCUCAGUCUGAGUGGAGGGAGGAGGUGAGGAAACACUUUGAGAAGAUCAAGUCUGAAGGAACCUGCAUCCACCGACUGGAUGAGGAGCUGAUCAAACGCAGGAGGGAUGAACUCAGACAUGCCCUGGACAUCAGGGAGCACUACGAGAGGAAGUUGGAGAGAGCUAACAACCUCUACAUGGAGCUGAGUGCCAUCAUGUUGCAGCUGGAGGUCCGUGAGAAGGAGCUCAUCAAGAGAGAGUUGGCUGUGGAGAAGAAGUAUCCAGGUAACUACAAACGUUCCCACCUGGUGCGGCCCAUCGUCAGGCCCAACGCCGUGGAGAAAUUCAUCAGGAAGUCUAAAGGCUGCAUCUCCCACAAGACUGGGAUACCCCCUGCGAAGAGGCCGGACCUGCUGCGUUCCGAAGGUAUCCCCAGUGUGGAGGUGCUCCCAUCCCCCUCGCCCCACUCUACCAGCCCCAAGGUUUCCACACCACUUGGCAAGCAGAGGUACCGCAGCAAGCCCCGGCACCGCCGUGCCAACAGCAAGGGUUCCCACAGCGACUUCCCCGGAGUUCUGAAGACCGGGGCGGAGGCUACGGAGGAGCAACAACCCCUCGAAGACCACUACCAGCACCAACCUCUAGGGAAGCAGCACUACCAUCAUCCUGCCACCGGGUGUGCUGUCCAAGAGCACUACGAGCACCACCACCACCCCCCACCACAGGGCCCUCUGCUGCCCCUGAAGAACAGAGAGGAAGCGGUGGUCAACUGUGCCAACAACCUGCGUUACUUCGGCCCGGCCGCAGCCCUGCGGAGCCCCCAGACAGACCACCUCCAACGCCGCCUGUCCGGCACCAGCCCUGACCUCAUCUCUACGGCCGUGGUGUCAGGCUCACGCCAGCGCAGCAUCUCUGUGUCAGGCCCCGGGGGGAGGGGUGGGACACUGUGCCCCUGCUGCCAGGCACACCCCUUUCCAGGCUGCCUGCACUGCCAGGAGACCCCCCUGGCCCCCAGCCACCCAGUGCUGCCACACUACUCCCUGCUGUCCACCUGUGAGGGCUCAUCCCCCUCCCUGUCCAGAGUACCUGACCCCACGGCAGAAGGAGAGCAGCAGGAGAAGCAGGAUACAGCUCGGAAGAGCAGCUUACCCUCUGGAGCUGGCCUCCCACGCAACCUCAGGCCCCUUAGGAAGGCUGGUGAUGAGUCGUCAGAGGAGGAGGAGGGGGAGGUGGACAGUGAGGUGGAGUUUCCACGGAGACAGAGACCACACCGCUGUAUGAGGACGUUCCAGUCCUACUCCACCUUCAGCUCAGAGAACCUGUCUGUAUCUGAGGAAGAGGAGGGUAACACUAGUGACCGCAGCGGACCCCUGGAGCUCCUUUCAGCCUCUCAGGAGGACCACCUGGAUGAGCUGCUAUCCCACGCGUCUGACAUCCCCAUCGACAUCAACACCCAGUCAGACGGCCUGUCUGAUAAGGAGUGUGCUGUCCGCAGGGUCAAGACCCAGAUCUCCCUGGGGAAACUGUGUUCUGAUGAGCACAGCUAUGAGAACCCGCUGCACUUUGACUCCGACUGUGAUUCCUCUGAUGCAGAGUGUUCUGAUGCCACCAUUAAGAACAACCAGCCUGGCGCACACACCUCCUGGUGAUCAUCCUCCCCAUGGAAUAUCCUGGGGGCCACUCGGCCCUCCCGUCUGCCUGGAAAAACUCUGGGCCCCAGGACCCUACAGGACCAUAGCAACGCCCCUGCAAUAGAUCCUCCCCCUACUUCCUCACUGCAUAGCAACCCCAUUCCCCCCAGACAACCUAAGCAGGGAUCCCUUUUGAAUGAUAUUAGAUAUAUAUACAGUAGAUAGAUGAUUGUGUAACAGUUUGAGGGAAAAAUCAGGAACUCUGUAAAACUUAAGAAGAAACGACAACAAACCGGUUAAUUGUAAGAUACUGGUGAGGAUGAUGAUGAUGAUGAAGAGGACGCAGUGCAGCUGAGUACGUUUACAUGCACACUAAUAAUUCGAUAUUAAACUGAUUAUGCCAGUAGGCAGAUUAUGCAAUAGUCAUGUGAACACCUUACUCUGCUUAUCUUAACUGGCGUAAGGUCAAAAUGGAAGGAAGACCGAUUAAAACACCUGGUUUUCUGAGCCAUCUGUUGAAUUACUAGGUCAACAACUUAAUCAUUCCUACAGUGUGUUUGAUCUGACAUGUGCUGGCACCAGCCGAGUGGGCCUCCCUCUUGAGGGAAGUGAGUGGGCCACCCUCUUGAGGGAAGUGAGUGGGCCACCCUCUUGAGGGAAGUGAGUGGGCCACCCUCUUGAGGGAAGUGAGUGGGCCUCCCUCUUGAGGGAAGUGAGUGGGCCUCCCUCUUGAGGGAAGUGAGUGGGCGUCCCUCUUGAGGGAAGCGAGUGGGCCUCCCUCUUGAGGGAAGUGAGUGGGCCUCCCUCUUGAGGGAAGUGAGUGGGCCUCCCUCUUGAGGGAAGUGAGUGGGCCUCCCUCUUGAGGGAAGUGAGUGGGCCUCCCUCUUGAGGGAAGUGAGUGGGCCUCCCUCUUGAGGGAAGUGAGUGGGCCUCCCUCUUGAGGGAAGUGAGUGGGCCUCCCUCUUGAGGGAAGUGAGUUCAGGACAACUGAAUGUAUGCGUCAUUGAAGUAGUUCACAUACAAACUUUAUAUGUCCGAACACAGAAUCAAAUAUGCUUCCCAAAAAUAACACGGUGAUGACAUGUGGUACAGAGUUUAUUUUGAUUGCCGAUGUUCUGUAUUCAUCAUUUUGCCAUCAGGCAGCCUGAUUUCAAAUGUGUUCAUGGAAACAGGAUUAUUGGGGAAAUCUUUCUUCUUGCAAAGCAUGUAAACAUUUAAAACAAAUUAUUAUAUUCAUCUGAUUAUCCACAAUAAUCACAUUAUUGUGUACAUGAAACCGUACUCAGUGAGUAUUCCAGAAUGGGACUGUCAGUAUUCCAGAACAGUACUGUAGGUAUUCCAGAAUGGGACUGUCAGUAUUCCAGAUCAGUACUGUAGGUAUUCCAGAUCAGUACUGUCAGUGUUCCAGAAUGAGACAGUCAGUAUUCCAGAUCAGUACUGUCAGUAUUCCAGAAUGAGACAGUCAGUGUUCCAGAUCAGUACUGUCAGUAUUCCAGAAUGAGACAGUCAGUGUUCCAGAUCAGUACUGUCAGUAUUCCAGAAUGGGACUGUCAGUAUUCCAGAACAGUACUGUAGGUAUUCCAGAUCAGUACUGUCAGUAUUCCAGAAUGGGACUGUCAGUAUUCCAGAAUGGGACUGUCAGUAUUCCAGAUCAGUACUGUCAGUAUUCCAGAAUGGGACUGUCAGUAUUCCAGAAUGGGACUGUUAGUAUACCAGAACAGUACUGUCAGUAUUCCAGAAAGGGACUGUCAGUAUUCCAGAAUGGGACUGUCAGUAUUCCAGAAUGAGACAGUCAGUGUUCCAGAUCAGUACUGUCAGUAUUCCAGAAUGGGACUGUCAGUAUUCCAGAAUGGGACUGUCAGUAUUCCAGAACAGUACUGUAGGUAUUCUAGAACAGUGCUGUCAGUAUUCCAGAAGGGGACUGUCAGUGUUCCAGAAUGAGACAGUCAGUGUUCCAGAUCAGUACUGUCAGUAUUCCAGAAUGGGACUGUUAGUAUACCAGAAGGGGGCUGUCAGUAUUCCAGAAUGUGAAAAGAACAUCAGAACACACAGCCUCCUGUCUUGUCCCACAGCCCAGCCCCCCACCAACCAUCACUGUCUCUGUAACUGUCUGACCAGUCCAGUAUGAUAUAACCUACCUGCUAAACAUGACUUUACAGAUGAAUCAGGACUGUAACCCGACCCCCAGUGGGACACAGACAUGGGCAAAUAACGUCUAAACACCAGCAUGAAACAACAGCCCAACCAUCAACCAACGUUGUCCCAACCAUCAGGGAUCCAUUUCAACACAGAUAGUUGGUACAACGUUGGUUGUGAACCAGUACCUGGGCUUGAGGAGACGAGAUCUCCUGAUGCUCAGGAUCCUUCAAUUCAAAGUCCCAUUACCCAGCUCUGCAAACGGGAAUACAAAUUUGCUAUUGUUUUUGACCAAGUGUGCAAACCUUCGGCACCUCCAAUAUAACCCCUCAUUAUAUAACCCCUCAUUAAAUUAUUAUACUUUAUACUGCCACGGACAGGUUGGCCGGACCAGCAGCAGUGCAGUAUUCAGACCUGUUCUGGAAGUACAUCCUCCAGUAAUGAUGAUAGUUGCUCUGAGAAACUCCAUAUUCUGGUUGAGAACCGAACAUAUUUUCAUGUAUUCCCGUUUGCAGAGCUGGGUAAUGGGACUUUGAAUUGAAGGAUCCUGAGCAUCAGGAGAUCUCGUCUCCUCAAGCCCAGGUACUGGUUCACAACCAACGUUGUACCAACCAUCUCCCAACCAACCAUCCGUGUUGAAAUGGAUCCCUGCAGCAGAACUGCACCACCUUAGCAUGUCUGUUUGGCUUGUAAGGACAGACUACCCAGAAGUCUGCAUGACUCUCAAAAAGAGCAGAAAAGCACAAGAGCAUUUUAGUUCUCUCCCAACCCAGCCAGUUCGACCUGGCUCCAGAGAAUCCUACAUAACCAAGUAUCCAAUCUCGCUGUCCUGCAUCAAGUCAAGUCGUAGCACCUGUAUGUCUCAACACCCUCGUGCACUGUGAUGUUAUGGCACUGUACUGUCUGUCCCUGCUCAGGAUGCUCUUUCUGGACCAAGACUGAACCUAGAACGUUAUCAUGUAGUAUCUCUGUCGUGUGUUGUUCCGCGUGGGCCAAUACCGUGUUAUAUGUUGUUGAAUGGUACAGUGGACCAGGUAGAAAUGUUGGAGUGAAGUUGGUGUAAUAACUAGGUGGAUAGAUAGGUGGAACACAGUAUCCCAGUUUUAUCAGGCCCCCUGAGUCUCCGUUUGUUCCAUGUCUUUCAGCAAGGUUGUGCAUCGGGCAUUGGUGCUUGUUAAGCUAUGUUAUUGUCUGACAGAGGACCAGUCAGACACCAGACUGAAUGGUCUGACAGAGGGGAGAGUAGACACCAGACUGAAUGGUGUUACAGAGGGGAGAGUAGACACCAGACUGAAUGGUGUUACAGAGGGGAGAGUAGACACCAGACUGAAUGGUGUUACAGAGGGGAGAGUAGACACCAGACUGAAUGGUGUUACAGAGGGGAGAGUAGACACCAGACUGAAUGGUGUUACAGAGGGGAGAGUAGACACCAGACUGAAUGGUCUGACAGAGGGGAGAGUAGACACCAGACUGAAUGGUGUUACAGAGGGGAGAGUAGACACCAGACUGAGUGGUGUUACAGAGGGGAGAGUAGACACCAGACUGAGUGGUGUUACAGAGGGGAGAGUAGACACCAGACUGAAUGGUCUGACAGAGGGGAGAGUAGACACCAGACUGAGUGGUGUUACAGAGGGGAGAGUAGACACCAGACUGGAUGGUCUGACAGAGGACUAGUCACACACCAGACUGAAUGGUCUGAAAGAGGACUAGUCACACACCAGACUGAAUGGUCUGACAGAGGGGAGAGUAGAGGCACAGUCAGACACCAGACUGAAUGGAACCACUGUCUAGACGGCUGGACAUAUAGUUAGUGGCAGACAGACAGGCUUUUUAAAUAGCUAUAUUUUUAAACAGUGAGUGGUUUUCAUAAAUGACACCAACUUGGUAAAGUACUUCUUGCCUUUGCUGGUUUGAUGCUCAGGUUUUCAGUUGAAGAUAGAGUGUUGAUGCUCAGGUUUUCAGUUGAAGAUAGAGUGUUGAUGCUCAGGUUUUCAGUUGAAGAUAGAGUGUUGAUGCUCAGGUUUUCAGUUGAAGAUAGAGUGUUGAUGCUCAGGUUUUCAGUUGAAGACAGAGUGUUGAUGCUCAGGUUUUCAGUUGAAGACAGAGUGUUGAUGCUCAGGUUUUCAGUUGAAGACAGAGUGUUGAUGCUCAGGUUUUCAGUUGAAGAUAGUGUGUUGAUGCUCAGGUUUUCAGUUGAAGACAGAGUGUUGAUGCUCAGGUUUUCAGUUGAAGACAGAGUGUUGAUGCUCAGGUUUUCAGUUGAAGACAGAGUGUUGAUGCUCAGGUUUUCAGUUGAAGACAGAGUGUUGAUGCUCAGGUUUUCAGUUGAAGACAGAGUGUUGAUGCUCAGGUUUUCAGUUGAAGAUAGAGUGUUGAUGCUCAGGUUUUCAGUUGAAGAUAGUGUGUUGAUGCUCAGGUUUUCAGUUGAAGAUAGAGUGUUGAUGCUCAGGUUUUCAGUUGAAGACAGAGUGUUGAUGCUCAGGUUUUCAGUUGAAGAUAGAGUGUUGAUGCUCAGGUUUUCAGUUGUUUUGGUGUUCUGUACUGUAACAAUCUAAUGUCUACUGGAUGGCUCCAGGUACAGUGGGUUAUGUUGCCUUGUAUUACAUAGCGUGGUUUCAUAACCGGCUCCAUUCCAUACCUGCAUCCCAAAAUGGCACCCUAUUCCCUACAUAGUGCCACUGGUCAACAGUAUAUAGGGAAUAGGGCGCCAUUUGGGACGCAUUCCUUUUAUCAUUUAAGAAGACCAGCUGUCAGAAAGGAUUAUCAUUUUCUCAUCUCCUCGCAGUCUUCCUUAGUGCUGGUGACACUCUGUUUGUGUCGUCCUCUUUUAAAAGAGAUACUGCAUCUUGUGUAACUAGUAACACCAGAAUCAUGUUACCCCCCUGUAUGUGUUUCAGUGCCUGUGUAAAGCAUGUUUAUACUUUUAGAUUAUGGCCAGUCAGGGUUAAGUCAAACAUCUGUAUGAAACAUCGUCUGAAAUUAAAUGAAUGGAGAUCA